GGUUGGGGUUUCAUUUCAGGUGGGAACAGAAAGAAAACAUAAAACAUGGGGUGGGCGAUAGCUUUGCACGGCGGAGCCGGCGCUAUUCCGGUCGAUUUGCCACCUGAACGCCUUGAGCCUCGAGAAGCUGCCCUCCGUCGUAUUCUUCAGAUCGGCGUCUCUGCUCUUAAUGCCAGAUGCUCUCCUUUAGACGUCGUUGAACUUGUGGUACGGGAACUGGAAAAUUGCCCACAUUUUAAUGCUGGAAAAGGAUCUGUUCUGACCACCAAUGGAACGGUUGAAAUGGAAGCUUGCAUCAUGGAUGGAAAUUCAAAGAGAUGUGGUGCAGUUUCUGGUGUCUCUACGGUUGUCAAUCCCAUCUCUUUGGCAAGACAGGUCAUGGAAAAAACUCCCCAUAUUUAUCUUGCAUUUGAUGGUGCAGAGGCCUUUGCAAGAGAACAGGGGCUUGAAACUAUAGAUGAGAGUCAUUUCAUCACUACAGAAAAUAUUGAGAGACUAAAGCAAGCAAAAGAAGCAAAUAGAGUUCAGCAAGAUUAUACACCACCGUUUAAACCAGAAGAUAAGAAGGAAACACCAGUUCCCGAUGGGGAUAGCAAACUUGGAACCGUUGGAUGUGUAGCCGUGGACAGUCUCGGGAACCUAGCGGCUGCAACUUCCACUGGUGGUCUGGUGAACAAGAUGGUUGGAAGGAUCGGGGAUACGCCCAUCAUCGGUGCAGGCACCUACGCCAAUAAGUUUUGCGCCAUCUCUGCAACCGGCAUAGGUGAAGCCAUAAUCCGUGAGACGGUGGCAAGAGACGUAGCGGCAGUAAUGGAAUACAAAGGGUUAGGUCUGAAAGAAGCAGCUGAUUAUAUUGUACAUCAAGUUUCACCAAAGGGAACCACUGGCCUGGUUGCUGUCUCUUCUACAGGUGAAGUUGCCAUGCCUUUUAACACCACAGGUAUGUUUAGAGCUUGUGCUACUGAAGAUGGGUUUACGGAGGUUGCUACUUGGGCCAUCUGAGACCUAGGUAGUUAAUUUCUCAUUAUAGGGACGAGAUCUGUUAAAAACACUAAACCGUAGGGACUAAAAAUGUAAUUAAUUCAAGAAAAUAUGAUUCAGUUGGAUGUUCCUUUCAAGCAUUAGGUUCCUUAAAAACACCAUUCAGAAAGUACUUGCUGUUGAUUCA